UGCGGACGCGCGCGCACAUGAAAUUUGUACCUACGUAAUAAUAUUAUUAUCGCGCGCGUAUUUGUCAUUAGACCGCCGCUGCGGUCGUCCGCAUGCACGCCGCGCGCAACGCGACCAAAACAUAAUAUUAUUAUCGUCUCGUCCGUCGCGUAUUCCGCGUGGACUGCAGUGCCGCCACCGCCGCCGUCGUAUCGUCGUCGUCGUCGUCAAAACGUAUAUUAUAAUAAGUGUAUAAGUGUGUGUGUGUGUGUGUGAGCGCGCGCCCGCGUGUGCGUGAGUUUCGAAUCUCUUCUUCGUGCGGUAGUACCCCCCACCCGCCGGAUUCGUUCGCUUCUGUGGACGUAAACGCCGGGUCACGCACGCGCUCGCGGUUUUUUUUUUUUGUUUUUUUUGUCGAUUACAUUAUUGGUUUUUCGAAUUUUCGUUAACCUGUGUGCGUCGUCGUCUGGUCGGUCGACGAGGUGCGUUCUCGUCGUGUCACGGUACACGAUACCGUAAUAAUUGUACCUAUUGUUAUUGUUAAUAUUAUUAUUAACGAUACGCGACAAUAAAGGAAUCUCGUUGUAAACAUAAUAAUAAUAAUAAUAAUCGGUUUGUACAUGUACGACUGGUCGUCAGAAGACAGUACGCGUGAUCAAUCCGAUAUACCGGUCGCGGGUACCCGAUGGUCGGCGGCGUCGCCGUGCGCAGCUGACGCUGGCCAUGGUGGUCGCGACGGACGCGAGACGGCGAAGUUGCGCGGGCUAUGAAAAAGAAUGUUGGCGUCGACGGCGGAGGCGAACGCAAGUCCCUGCGGAACAGGCGCCGUCGGGGGUUGGACGGUGACGGGCAACCGCCAUCUCCAUCGCCGGCGACUCCACCGCCGCCGACCGCAGCCACGGCCACAGUCACCAGCGGAGCGCUGCACAGUCUUCAGGCGGUGGCGGCCGCGUCUUCGUCGGUAGCGGCGGCGGCGGGGUCGGCGGUCGUGGUAGUUGACGGAAGGGAUCCGACGACGGCCGUGAACACGACAGACGAUUGGCUAUUCGCCGAUUGGUUAGACAGCGGUGGUGGCGGCGGUGGCGGCGGGAGCAUAACUGCAACAGGUGUCCCGGAGCAGCACCAACACCAGCACCAGCAGCACCAACAACAGCCCGAAGCCGAUAUGAUCAUGGAGUGCGGUGCCCUCGAGCCCGGCGUCGGGCCGCUCCAUCAUGCGCAUCACCACCAUCACCACCAUCAUCAUCACCACCCGUACUUGUUGGCCGAGUCCGCGGCCGCCGUCACCACGGCCACCACGGCCGCUGGGCACUUCAACGUGCUCAGCUUCGAAACGUACAAAGGCGGCGUGGCCACCGGCACGGGUGGACACGUGGGCAACGGCGGACACGGCACCGGCAACUCGGCGUGCCACAGCCCGGCACAGGGAAACGCCGGCACCGAUCUCAACACGCCCGUCACAACGAGCGCCGAAGUACCUUCGUUUUUCGGCCCAUCCACAGUCGUAGAACCGCCACUCAUAACAGGAUCAUUGCAAGACACUGAUGAAAAUGUUAGCAAUAGAAAUGCUAUAGAACACAAGCUAGAGGUAUCGCUUCAAUUGAAAACAGAAGCAAUCGGAGGUGAACCGGAACAGGACGAUGCUGGCCAAGACGUCAUGUACACAACUAACUCUAGCAUACCAUCAGGGCAGUCCAGGAUUAGUUAUAGGUUCUCAACAAAUAGUCCUAUGCAAACAGCUCCGUGCUCAACUAGUUCCUCAAAUAACAAUAAUAACAACCACCUCAGCACAUCUUGGCUUUUGCCAAGCCCAGACAAGAAUAUAUUUCCACCUUUGUUCAACCUGCUCCAACCUCAACCGUCGAGCACGCCCACCUCAUACCACAGCUCCAGUCCUCACUACGAAGACAGAUCUCAACAAAGUCAAGUAGAAUUGCUUGGAAUGAGUAUUGACUGUGGUAAACAAGCACCACCCACAUAUGCCGGUUGCGGAGUGACUGGAAACGAUCAAGAUCUCAUAUACCACAACCGUGGUCAAAUGAUGCAACAACAGUCAUCACCAGUGAACAAAUACCAUUGGUUGGAUUCGCCGGUCGAAUACGGGGGACAGCAUCAACAACAACAACAACAGCAGCAGCAGCAACAGCAGUUACAGUCUCAACAACAACAACAACAACAAAUGAUUCCCAAGCAAGAGUUCAACGUAGUAAACGUGGACGUCCAGUCACCAGGUUCGUCGAGCGUGUCGCAAGGUGGCUACAGCGUCCAGCUAGCUGAAUAUAACCCAUCGACAAGCAAAGGUCACGAAAUACUAUCGCAAGUAUAUCAGCAGUCUUCGCUACCGCUGAAGCUAGUGCCAGUGAAACCCCGGAAAUACCCAAACAGACCUAGCAAGACGCCAGUGCAUGAGCGACCAUAUGCAUGUCCAGUGGAGCAUUGUGACCGUCGGUUUUCUAGAUCGGAUGAACUUACAAGGCACAUUCGCAUACACACGGGUCAAAAACCGUUCCAAUGUCGUAUAUGCAUGCGAUCGUUCUCCAGAUCUGACCAUCUUACGACUCAUAUUCGAACACACACUGGUGAGAAACCGUUCACAUGUGACGUGUGCGGUCGUAAAUUCGCGAGAAGCGACGAAAAAAAGAGACAUGCAAAAGUUCAUUUGAAGCAACGGACGAAAAAAGAAACCAAAAUGGCAGCGUUGCUAGCUCAACAACAACAGCAGCAGCAACAGCAACAGCAACAGCAACAGCAACAGCAUCAGCAACAACAAGGAUCGUCGCAACAACAUAUGCAUCACAUGGGAUUCCAAACCGGCGACACUGGUCACAUGUAAACUCAAUCAUAGAAAUAUGUCUUUAUUUAUUCCCUUUUAUUUAUUCUUCAUACGCUAGGGUGCUUAAAACCUAAAGGUAAGCACGGAAGAAACCACUGUUACCAUUUUUAGUUACACUACCAAUGUAUGAGUCACUCCAUCUUACGAUACCUAUCUUAUUAUUAGUAUUGGAUUACAGAGUAUUUAUACCGUCGGCAAUGAAGUCGCCAAAAUCAAAACAGGGACAUAACUAUAUUUGUAAUAAUUAUUGGUGCUACACGAUUUGUAUCUUUAAAGUGGAUCAUCUUGAAUGUAGAGUAUGCCAUCGUAGAGUAAAACAAGUCUGUUUGGUAUUUGUCAAGUAGUAAGGAUUUACAACAUCUAACAACGCAAUAGGUAUUUUUACUUAUUCACCAAUCUAUGAAACUUAUAAAUUUGUCAAUCCAAAUAGGUGAAUUCGUAAAUUUAGUAAUGUAUUCCGUAGUUAAGCCGUGUUUCUCAUGUUGUGUAAAAAAAAUGUUUAAUAUUAAUUUUGCUCCUGGUUCCCAGAUUUAUAGCAAUUGUGUCGGUUCGAGGAAACAAACUCAUCGAAGUACCUGAUUAAACCAUGAUUAAAAUAUAAUGCACGAAUACAUUCCUUGCUAAAAUACACUGUUGGGCUAUAGAAUAUCCUGAGAUUUUUAUUUUAGCAUAAUUAGUAUGUAUUAUUUUAUCUUUUGCAUUUAUUUUAUUUGCUUUUUAUCAAUAUAACUGUAAUUUUCAUUAUUAUUAUUAUUAUUAUUAUUAUUAUCAUUAUGGUAUGCCUGUUUUGCAUUCCAACAUGUAUUUUUACUGGUAUUUCUGUUAAAAAUUUUAUUUUAUGGACAAAUUUAAAUUUGAAGGCUA